CCAUGGACCUCGGCAGAUAAGGUUUCUUUAACUGCUGGCUCCACAUUGUUUAGUCCACCAGGCUGAACUGUAAACCUCUCUUUUCCCUGUUGACCACUUUUUUUUACCAGCGGUACGUGACCAAGAAGCCAGGUAGACUACUUGACUAAUGUGUUUUCAUUUGUAGUUGGUCUUACUUAGAAUGAGUUGUUUAAAGGGUAGUUUGCAAUGGGUCAGUGCUAGGGUAACAGAAUGAACUCAACUUCACAAACUUUACAACAAAACACAAUUAUCCAGAACCAAAUCUUUCAGUGAAAGCAAGGAACAUAAAACUAACGUUAAUAACCGAAUAACUAACAAACACAGUAGUAAAGAAAUGGUUAGAUCUUUUCUAUUCCAUUGUCGUCUUAUGUGACAUGUGAAUAUGUAAACAUGUUGUUUUGUGUGUGUGUGUUGUAUUGUGGCGUGUCCUCUCUCACUGAUGUUCCUCUGCCUGUGCAUGCAUGUGUACGUGUGAUGGGAAGACAUGUUGGAUGUGCUGAUCAUCGGUGGGGGUCCUCACGCCCUGACACUCGCCACUCUCCUCACCCACCCCAACCACCCCGUCCCACCACCUGGCACUGACAUCCUGGAUGGGGUCCAGUUGAGCACAACCAAGUCCAGGCCUGGUCGCACCAGGAGCAAGAGGAGAUUACCUGCAAAGCCAGGGGUGGAUGAGCUGGCCGGUGUGGAGCGAGUGUCCUGCCCGCCCCUGCAGCUCUGUGCGGUGGACGCCUACGGCCAGUGGACUAGCCUCUGGGAGAGCCAGUUCAAAGCUCUGAACAUUCCUCACCUGCGCUCACACACACUGGUGCACACUGAUCCGCUCAACAAGAGGGCUUUGCAGGAGUUUGUGGUGGGGAAUGCCCGUGAGAAUGAGCUGCAUGGCCUCCCUGAGCGUGUCUACAUACAGGACGAGAACGCCUUUUUCAAUGACAACCGCCUGGGCAAGAGGGACAAGAAGCUCCUCAACAGCAGUGGUGUGGGCCACCAGAAGAGCCUGUGCUUCAGCCUGCCCGGCACCCAGCUCAGUGUGGACUUCUUCAGGGAGCAGGUUCAUAAAUACAAUUUGGACAGUGUUCUUGUCAAAGGGACAGUGGACAGAAUCAUCCCUGUGCUCUCCGGAAAGGAAGUGCUCUACUUCCGCAUUCUGAUGCAAAACGGUGACACCCUAGAAGCAGAGAGGGUGGUCAUGGCAACGGGGCCCACCCGAGCCCAGAUGGCCAACAUUCCAGCCUGGGUGCUGGCCAUCGGCGAGAGCUACCCCGAGGAGAGCCUUCAGCACACAGUGCAACUCAUGCACCAUCUAGCCCUGCUCCGCCAGCCGCAGACAGAGGGCCCGACUCAGGAAGGCACCUGUCCAUCAACUACAGGCCCGCCAUGUGUGUGUCAGCCAGGCCAGAGGUUACUGGUGAUUGGUGGAGGCCUCUCCAGUGCUCACAUUAUCUCAAUGGCACUACACCAAGGGGCAAGUCACAUCACCUGGGUGAUGCGCAAACACUUACAGCUGAAACAGUUUGAUGUGGGUGAUGUGGAGAGCCUCAUUGGCCGCUACUCCCACGUUGAGCACGGCAUCAAGAUGGACGGCCUGGCCUACCUGCGACAGUUUUAUAAUGAGCGGAGCCUUCACAAGCGGCUCGCCAUGAUCCAGCGGGCCAGGAAGGGAGGAGCCGUCACCCCUGAAGCCUACGCUCAGCUGCAGCCCUUCAUCCAGUCAGGACGACUGAGCAUCAAAGCCUACUGUCAGGUCUCUCAGGCCAAAUGGUGCUACCAGAGUCAGAUGUGGAAACUGGCCCUCAGCUGUGGAGACCACUGGACAGGGGACAAAAUCUGGCUGUCCACAGGCUGCAAACUAGAUGUGAAGCAAGACCCAAUGCUCUCUGAUAUAAUGAAGGAGUUUCCCAUACAGGUCAUUGAUGGCUGGCCGUGUAUUUUGGAAAAUCUGCAGUGGGAUGCAGGAUGUCCACUCUACGUCAUGGGACAAUAUGCUGCACUUCAGAUCGGACCUCAUGCGGUGAAUCUUGCAGGCGGACAAGCAGCAAGUUUCCGGAUAGCUAGGGACAUCCUCAGUCACCACAGCGGAAAGGGGCAAACGAAAACAACACCUCUAAAAAAAGAGAAAGCACUGACAGAUGACUACAUUAUGAACAUGCAUGGCUUAAUGUGGCUUUGACGCCGCCACUCCUAGUCAGAA